GUCAGUCAUUAUGUUGGUUAACGUUUAUCCCUUGAUUCAUUUCCAUUAGCCACUCAAUCACUCACUCACUCACACUCUUUACCGUUAUUUUAUUUCUUCUUAUAGCUUUUGAGUUCAAUCCUUACCCCCCACCCCCUCCCUUUUUCCUUAAUACAGUAUUCCCUAUUACUACUUGCAUACAUCCACAUAUACAUACAUACAUACAUACAUAUACUCAUACAUGAUCCUACAUACUUGAAAUAAGAAUGCUGGGCAAACACAGAGGGCUAGAACAAGGCUACACAAACCCGUGCAGGAUGCAUCAUCCCAACUUAUUUUUUUUCCCAACCAAGGAUAUAAUAUUACACAAAAAGUGGGUUGGUCGUCAGCCAGCCAGCCACGAUGAGCUCAUCUAUCUUUUCUCUUCGUUUCUUCACCGUCUUUCCGUGGAGGGAGGGGGGAAAAAAGAGGAGGUUGGAAUGUGAGUGAGUGGUAUGAUCUCUGAUCUAUGAUCUAUGAUCUACUAGCUCUGAUGAUAUUGUGCGAGGGACUCGUUGCUAUGCUUCUAGUAUACUACGUAUCUCA